AUGCUGACCUCAGUAUUGUCGGACUCGAGUCGUCAAGUUCCUAUCACACCUCCCAUGACCCCUAGGCGAUUGGGGACUCGGGCUAGUCUGCGUCAGCAGAAACUGAAUCAGCAAAAGGAGAGUCCAUUGCCAGAGAAAGAUGAACAACAACACCCAAUACCGAGCCAACGGGCACGUCGAAGGGUCGCAAAACAAAAGCUAAGCGAAGAUGAGGGCCCACAGGAACAAAAUGGAGAGACCAUAUCCAGUGAAUCGGUUCCUGUGUCUCCCUCGAACAAGCCAGUGCCCCAAGUGGAGCCCUAUGAGGCAGUUACCAAAUCUGUUGCCUUUAGCGACAAAGUUGAGUCAAUAUCUGCGAGCUCAUAUGACGAUAUUGAUAGCGACGCUGAAAAAGACUUAUCUGGCGAUCAGGAAGAAUAUGCCACAGUAACUUCUGAUUCUCAGGGAGAAACAUCAUCUUCGAGCUACAGUAAGAGACUCACGCCACUGCAUCAUAAUAUUCAACCGCGAAAAUCGAUUCUUAAGCAAACAACAUCUAGUGCGGGCGUUUCUCACACAUCAAAUGCAUCAUCUCCCGCUUCAAUUCUUGGUGACAUCUACUUGGGUUCACUCGACUUCUCCGAGUAUCCAAAUCUGGACGUAAUUAUGAAUGCUGCAUGUGCCGAGCUGGAAAAAAUUGGCACCUCUUCGUCAAACACAAGUGUUUUGCAAAUUUAUGCAUCUUUAAAUACUUCUCUACGGCAUAAAAACAGUUCAAUAUCUACACAGUUGCUAUUAGACAAUGCAAAUUCAUUAGCCCUCUAUGCCAAGCGAGACUUAAUAGCUGCUGAAGCAUCGUCCAAUACACUUGAUGUCAGAACAGUUAUUCAGAUUCUUCGAGUCGUUGACUACUUGUUUUUUUCUGAGGACAUUGCUUUUCAAUUGGACUUUGAAUUGGUGAAGUGGUUUUUGAAUAGAGGCUUGGAUGUACUAACAGACGCUAAUUCGAGUAAGUCGGUAGUGGCCGCGUAUUUGCACAUUUUCAACUACCAGCGGUUGCCAAAACCACUAACGAAUGACAUGGCUCUUCGCCUGCUGAAUGCAGUAGUAGCCAGGCCGACAUUCUCAUCUACAGGCAUUAUAUCAGAAUAUAUCACCAGUCAUCGACUGCUGAUUAAAACUAAUCCCGGGGUGAUGAUUCAAAAUGUUCAGAAAUGGCUACCUAAUAUUAUAUCGGCACUUAUUGACCAACCUGCAUCUAUUCGUCAACAAGCUUUGCUGGUUCUUCAAGACUGUAACCAAAGAUUACUUCAUGAUCGUACAAUUGGAAAAUGUCUUUACCAAUUAUUUGAGAAGCCAAUGGAAAGCAACUUAGAGGAAGGAAGCGACAACAUCCCAGAGAGCGGUGUCACAGAGACAAGUACAAAUGAUGCACUUGAUACUAAUUUGAGAACAUAUUUUGAUCACUUCCGCAUUCGGUUGACUGAGCUUAUAAAUACACAAGGGGAAGGUAGAAUGGCCAUGUCCAUCUGGAGAUCUGUAAUUCUUCUUCUUCUCACCUGGGGCCCUCAUCCUGAUCAUACGGUCGAUAAAUGGCAUAACAUGAUGCAAAUGUUGGAUCUUUAUAAGCUUGGAAUCAACUCACAGUUUUUGUCCACUAGAGUGGCAACUAUCCAUACUUGGAACACAGUGAUCUUUAUUUGGACACCUCAAAUUUUUGGAGAUUCGUCUCGCGUAGAGAGCAAAAGCAUUAGUUUUCUGCUUCAUCCCUUCAAGCUACUCAAGGACAACCGUCCCGCUACUGUUCAAGCUCUUUCUCAAACUCUCAAUGCAAUUCUUCUACUCUCCAUGAAACCAACUCAGUCGAUGAAUACUCACCUUGAUGUUCACUAUACAGUUGUUUGGGAUAAGAUCAUUGAGCCAUUGAUUCAGUUGUACUUGGACAGUAGCGACAUAGAAACACGCAAACGUGGACUGGCUGUUCUACACCACCUAUUGACAACCCCAACAAAUGUGAAAGCAUCUAAUCAGUCUUUCAAGUCCACUAGAGUUCUGUUACCAGAUCCUGUGGCACUUUCCGAAGUGCCAGCGUUUCCUUCUAAAUGGAUACACGCAAAUUGUGCUAGAAUUUUCAAGUUCUUACAGGAGAAAGCUAUCGGGAAGGUUCCUUGGGAAACAGUAACUGAAAUUACUUCCAGCAUGAUAAACUCUUGUAAACUUGCAUCCCAGAGAGAGAUUUAUACUUCAACCGAGACAAUGGCGCUGAUAGCUGCUGUUUGUAACUUUAUUCAUUUUUGCUUUACUGUGCCAAGCUCUUCUCUUUCACCUACGAAUGUUGAGAUCUUCAAAUUUGUCGAGUCCUCGAUCGAUAGCAUAGGGUUUUUACAGUUCACUGAAAAGAGUCUUGAAAUUACAAGGCCCUCUGAAUCGCCACAAGUUUCGGGCGAGCUGUUUUCUUCCCCCCAGUACAUCGUGUCUCCCAGGUUCCGCAACAAUAGUAUGUCACUUGGUAGUUCACGAAUUUCUCCUAGAAAGGCGGACCCGAACAAGGCGGACACCCCUGUGUUUCACUUGUGGAAGAUGACCAUGUCCAAAGUUAAAUCUCUAUCAGAAGUUCAGCGGCCUCAGUUUGUAGCGGAAUUUGUCUUGAAAUUUAUUCAUAUGACAAGGGAGCAUCUAAUAGGAUUCCCAAAAAAGGUUCAGUUUUUGACGCAGAUAUUUCCAUCUGCCGUCGAGAAUGCAGAUGUAUGGGGAGCUAUUUGUGAACAGGUAUUGUGUGAGAUUAUGAAUGCUAACGUAACUCCUUCUGAAGAUGAAUGGAUACAGAUUAUUCACUUGUUAUCGUGGCCCGCAAGGUGUGUAUUUUUCUAUCUUUUUUUUUGUGGUUUACGUAUACGUAUAGUUUGCUAA